AUGUCGACCAUCGUGGACGACUACCUAGACAGUCCUAUGGAGACGGAGACUGACGAUGUCUUCCCCUGCAAGGGCUGUGGAGAGAUCCUCGAGGAAGGAAAAGCAUUCGAACUCGCUGGCAACCGAUGGCAUCUCGAUUGCUUCCGAUGCAACACUUGCAGCACCCUCCUAGACUCCGAUGCGAACCUCCUACUCCUUGGCGAUGGAUCUCUCAUCUGCAACAAUUGCACAUACAGCUGUAGUGCCUGUGGUAAUAAGAUAGAAGACCUGGCUAUCCUUACGGGGGAACAGGCCUUCUGCGCCACCUGCUUCCGUUGUCGAAACUGCAAACGCAAGAUUGACAACCUCCGAUAUGCCAGGACCUCUCAGGGCAUCUUCUGUAUGGGCUGCCAUGAGACCCUAAUGGCAAGACGAAGAAAGAAGUCCAAGGCUGCCGCGGCGGCCAAAGCGAGAGAAAAAGAACAUUCACCCAUGAUAACGGAGAAGUCUCUACCCGCCCUACCCCCCAAUGCCAUUCCGCCGAAUGCCUUCUCGAAUGAUCGUGUGGAUCCCGACUCUGACACCGCCACCGAGCUCUCCCCGCGUCCACGGACAGCCCACGAUCGCAGCGAACCCUUAUCUCAAAGCGAGCUACGGCCUGCUCGUUCUCCUGAUCGAAAACCCGAGGGUUUGGGGCUGCCGGCGUCUACGUAUCGAAGCAAUCGCAACUCCACCAUAGUCUCGCGGGCCGAGAACGGUUCCGGCGACGGUGCCGACAGCUUCUUCAUCUCGGUGGCACUGGAUCCCAGUCCAGGUCCGACCCCUCGGUCUACGACCGACAGCGUGUUGGAGUCUGGGAACAAGCCGAAGGACAAGGACUAUUUCAAUACCAAAUCGGCGUCUUCAGAAAAGCGAAGUGACUCUCAUAACACCACUCCACACAUAGCUUUCCAGGAGAAGGCCCGCCAGCCAUCUUCGAAUUCAGAAUAUGAGACUCCUCCGAAGCCGCCAUCCCGGAAGCUUUCUAAGUCUUCCAGGACAGAUUCAGCCCGCCAAUCUCCCGCCGUCGAGGAGCGGUCUCAAAAGUCCAGCACUCGUCGGCAGCCCCCCCAGGAAGACUUCAAGCUCCAGGAUGCCCCCAAGAGCAAGAAGUUGGUGUCAAGAAGCAGCUCUCAGUCAUCUGGAAUUCCCGCAGAGAGCACCUCGUCCAAACCAAACAAUGGCACCCUGCGAAAGGACGGUCAUGGCAGCCUACCGCAUUCUGAUUCAAAUGCCACAACUCCCCCGGAGCGAACAUCUCAAGAUUCUCGGCGGUUCGAUGACGAAGAGAUCCGGGCAUCGAUGGAUUCCAUGUCCAGGACAUCAUCACGACCAGAGAAUGCGAAGCCCAUCUCCAGGAAAGAGCUGCCCUCCAGUGGAGCAAGGAGCAACUCCGAUGGAAAGCAGAGACAGCCAACCAGACAAGAGACAACUGAGGAUGGAUCUGUGCGAGGAACGCCUUCCCGCCCGAGCGUCCCCGAGCAAAAGACCAAGAACGAAAACUACACACAACCGAGAACCGCCCCGCCACCACCGCCACCGCCGGCCAGCCAAGCCCAACCUGGUGCGAAACAGGCCCCUGGCGCGAAACAACCCGCUGGCUCGAAGGAUGACACCGGGUCUCCCAAGGUCUCGCCAAAGCUACCUAGGUGGAGCAGUGGCGGUGACUUGAACAUGGACGAGGACAUGGCCAGGAUCUGGGGCACCGAUGAAGGAUCCACCUCGAUCUUGCGUCGUGUUUCCAACGCUGUCAAACAUGGCCGUACCAACAGUGUUGACGGACCCGGCCAUAACUCAUCGAGGACCGGUCAUAGCCGAAGCAUCAGUGAGAACACUCGUGCGACUGGAUCACCAAGGUGGCCCAGAACGCCAAUCGCUGAGGACUAUGGUCAGGGACACGAGAUCAGUAGUCCUGUGUCUCUUACGUCUAGCGAUGAUCCUGCGUUCCUGAAGCGACAGCUACGCAACUCUGAGCAACGUGUAGCGGAACUAGAAAGGCAGUUCACGACCGAGAAGGAUCUCAAGAACCUUAACAAAAAGUUGCUCGAGAAGCGCAAGACGGUGUCUUUCUUGGAUACUCAGACUGAGAUUAUGAUUCGACAGCUCGAGGUCCUAGCUGGAUACGUUGAACGAGCCAAGGAAACCAAGACUCCCGUUGACCCACGAGAUCUCGAGGAUUCUGCACUGAAGGAUUUUGUUCAGAAGCUUGAGAAACUGAAGAUUAGCAUGUCUGCGACGGUCGAGCAGCUACACGAGGAACGCGACCAUCUGAUUGAGGAGAAGAACCAGGCAGUUGCCGACCGAGACCGUGCUCUGCUAGAGUUUGAACAGCUGUCGUCGAAGAACGCUCAACUUGCGGACAUGAAUAACGAUCUGACACAUCAAAUCCAGGAGCGGUUCAAGUCACAUAUCGGCUCAGAUGGCAAGCCUGCCAGUGGUUUAGGCAUCUACAGCCAGACCAAGGGUUUGAACAGCUCCUCGAUCAAUCUCGAUGCUGCUAGCAUGGCAACCGCUACAACGCUGGUGCCAAAUGAUGAGGAGCCUAUCUUGGAGGCUGGACCAACCGUGGUCCAAGUCCGCAAGGGCCAAGCCAAGAAGUUCAACUGGAAGAAGGGCUCCAAAGGUCUCGCCCAGGUUGCAAAGGGUGUCAACAGGGCUGUCGUUGCCUUCCAGAAUGACCGAGAACGGAUGGAACACCGACAAGGAGGAGGCGGAGGCGGAGGUCUGACAGGUGAGAACAUCGGCAUGCCAUACAACAUGACCGUGGCCCAAGAGCCCAUGCCCGGGCCUGUCCUCAACGGACCCAACGGGUACAACAUGCAGAACCGACAAAUGCAAGGCGAUCCAUCACGGCCGGGCUUUGGCUUCUUUGGCAAGAAGACUACCAUCCCCAAGUCAGGAUCGAUGAACAACGUAAAUGCGGUGGACCCUGUUGAGCCUCCGUCAGUCCUCUUCGGAUCUGAGCUGUCAGAACGAUCUGAGUACGAGCGCCGCCAAAUCCCCAGUGUUGUCACCCGCUGUAUCGAAGAAGUUGAGCUCCGAGGCAUGGACCAAGAAGGAAUUUACCGAAAGACGGGCGGUAACUCUCAAGUCAACAUGAUCAAGGACGGUUUCAGCAAAGAUGAGAACUUCGACAUUUCAGACCCCGACUUAGAUAUUACUGCCGUCACCAGUGUCCUGAAGCAAUACUUCCGAAAGCUUCCCAUGCCUCUGCUCACGUUCGACGUCUACGAGCGCGUUUUGGAAUCAACUGCGGUUGUGGACGAGACGGAACGAUGCACUCACUUGCACAAGACGUUUGCUUCCAUGCCACAGCAUCAUCGUGACUGUUUGGAGUUCCUUAUGUUCCAUCUUGCUCGCGUCGCCAAGCGUGAGCCUGAGAACCUGAUGUCCCCCAAGAACUUGGCUGUCGUGUUUGCUCCUACUAUCAUGCGAGACACCAGUCUGGAACGUGAGAUGACGGACAUGCACGCCAAGAACAUCGCGAUCCAGUUCGUUAUCGAGAACAGUCACACCAUUUUUGAAGACGCUUAA